UGUCAAGGGCGGUACCUGGGCGGAGCCUAUCGCGAUCGCGGUGCUGGUGCCGGUGUCGGGGCAGCGACGGAGCCCGGGGCAUGGCGGGCCUGGGCGCCUCGGAACCGGGCACCGGACCCGGUCCUGUCCCGGCCACUCGCGUGGAACUCACGGUGUCCUGCAGGCAGCUCCUGGACAGGGACACCUUCUCCAAGUCGGACCCAAUCUGUGUGCUGUACACGCAGCGUCCUGGCAGCCACCAAUGGCGGGAGUUUGGCCGGACUGAGGUCAUUGACAAUUCCCUGAAUCCUGACUUCCUGCACAAGUUUGUCCUCGAUUAUUGCUUUGAGGAGCGGCAGAACCUGCGCUUUGACCUGUAUGAUGUGGAUUCCAAGAGCCCUGACCUCUCCAAGCAUGAUUUCCUGGGCCAGGCAUUCUGCACCCUGGGGGAGAUUGUGGGCUCAGCCGGCAGCCGGCUGGAGAAGCCCCUGAUGAUGGGGACAGCCACCAUGCACUCCCGGGGCAGAAGACCUGCCCCAGCUGCCUCCCAUGGUGGCAUUCCGGGGAAGAAGUGUGGCACCAUCAUACUCCUCGCUGAAGAGUUGGGAAACUGCCGGGACGUGGCCACACUCCAGUUCUGUGCCAACAAGCUGGAUAAGAAGGAUUUCUUCGGAAAAUCUGACCCCUUCAUGGUCUUCUAUCGCAGCAACGAAGACGGGACUUUCACCAUCUGCCACAAGACAGAAGUGGUGCGGAACACGCUGAACCCCGUCUGGGCAGCCUUUGCCAUUCCUGUGCGUGCCCUCUGCAAUGGGGAUCAUGACCGAGCCAUCAAGGUGGAGGUAUAUGACUGGGACCGUGAUGGCAGCCACGACUUCAUCGGGGAGUUCACCACCAGCUACCGGGAGCUGGCACGAGGCCAGAGCCACUUCAAUGUGUAUGAGGUGGUGAACCCCCGGAAGAAGAUGAAGAAGAAGAAGUACCAGAACUCGGGGACAGUGACACUGCUGUCCUUCACUGUGGAGGCCGAGCACACCUUCCUGGACUACAUCAGGGGCGGGACCCAGCUCAACUUCACAGUGGCCAUAGACUUCACGGCAUCCAAUGGGAACCCCUCGCAGCCCACGUCCCUGCACUACCUGAGCCCCUUCCAGCUGAAUGCCUACAGCCUGGCACUGAGGGCCGUGGGGGACAUCAUCCAGGACUACGACAGUGACAAAAUGUUCCCGGCCCUUGGCUUUGGUGCCAAGGUCCCCCCGGAUGGGCACGUGUCACACGAGUUCCCACUGAAUGGGGAUGCAUCAAACCCGGCGUGCCAUGGCAUUGCGGGGGUGCUGGAGGCGUAUCAGCGCAGCCUGCGCCAUGUCCAGCUCUACGGCCCCACCAACUUUGCCCCUGUCGUCAACCAUGUUGCCCGCUCGGCAGCCACGGUGCUGGACGGAUCCCAGUACUUUGUCCUCCUCAUCAUCACCGAUGGUGUCAUCUCUGACAUGGCCCAGACCAAGGAGGCCAUUGUCAAUGCUGCCAAAUUGCCCAUGUCCAUUAUCAUCGUGGGGGUUGGCCAGGCCGAGUUCGAUGCCAUGGUGGAGCUGGAUGGGGACGACAUCCGCAUCUCUUCCCGUGGGAAAGUGGCUGAGCGUGAUAUUGUCCAGGUAACCAACCUCAGGAAUGAGAUCUGGGGACCCCCUCCCAGCCCACCCAGCAGGGUGAUGGUGGGGGGGGGUGCCCUGGGGAGCUCAAAUCAGCCCCAUCUCUCCUGGGGUGCACUUGGUGGGACUGGUGUGGAGGGAUGAUAAGGUGGACUGGGACAUGGCAGGGCACUGGGACAUGGGGAUGCAAUGGGUUUGGGAUGCACCUGGAGGGGGGAUGCACUGGGAUUUGGGGGUGCACUGGCACAUGGUAGGGGCACUUCACUGGGAAAAGAGGGUGCCCUGGGACUUGGGGUGUACCUUGGAAUGAGAGUGCACUGGGACAUGGGAGCAUAUUAGGAUAUGGGAAACACUGAGCCAUGAAGGAGACAAUAGCACGUGAAAGGAAGUUUACUGGAAAAUAGUGGAGGAGUUGGAAUUGGGAUGUCAGGGGUGUGCUGAGACACAGAAGCAGUGCUGUGACAUGGGAAGGAUGCACUGGGAAAAAGGAGUGCACUGGAGUUUGGAAUCUACCUCAGUGGAGGGAGAUACUGGGACAUUGGGUGCACUGGGUACAUGUUGGGGGCCUUCACUGGGAAAAGUGGGUACACUGAGAUUUGGGAUGUACCUUGGAAUGGAGGUGCAGUGGGACAUGGGGGUUUAUCAGGAUA